AUGACCACCCUGACAUAUUCUGAGUUUCCUACAAAGUCUGUCUGGCAAAGAGAUGGGAAAAUAUGGACACCAAGAAAAAGGGGAUUCUCUAUUGGUAGAUUGACAUAUGUUCCUACAAGAAGUGGGGAAGACUAUUACCUUCGCCUUCUACUGAAUAUUCAGAUGGAUUACACUAACUUUGAAGACAUAAAGACGAUGAAUGAUGAUAGAGAGUUUAUAGAUUCCUUAAAUGAAGCAGAAACUUGGGCAUUUGCAUCACAUGUGAAGAGGCUAUUUGCAAUUUUACUGGUAUCAAAUAGUCUUUCAAGACCUGACUUUGUCUGGGAGAAUUGUUGGCUGCAACUUUUAGAUGAUAUUCUACAUCGACGUCAAAGGAAUUUGAACAUGAAUGAUUUAGUUAUGUUUGAUGAGGAUAUCAUGAAUUUUAUAUUGUCAGAUAUAGAAGAUAUCAUACAUUCUUAUGGAAAGAGCUUGCAAGAAUAUCCUCCAAUGUCAAUCCCUUCUGGUAGUAACUAUUCAAUGCAGGAUGCACGACUAAUAAUAGAGGAACUCAGCAAAGUUAGAUUAGGGGGUAAAAUAGUGCUUACUGUGGCUUCCAAUGGAAUAGCACCGCUUCUCCUAAUAAAUGGUAGGAUUGCACACUCUAGAUUUAAUAUACCUUUAACUGUAGAAGAAAAUUCUAUGUACAAUAUCCGACAGGGCUCACUCCUUGCCAAAUUGUUGAUAAAGAUAGAUUUAAUAAUCUGGGAUGAGGCACCUAUGCUUAGCAGGUAUUGUUAUGAGGCACUGGAUAGAUGUUUGAGAGAUAUUAUAACGCAUGCAUCAAUUGCUAAUUGUGAGCGUCCAUUCGGAGGGAAUAUAGUUGUACUCGGUGGAGACUUUAGACAAAUAUUGCCUAUAAUUACACGAGGAUCUCGACAGGAUAUAAAAAUCAAGGAAUUUGGUGAUUGGUUGUUAAAAGUUGGUGAUGGCCUACUAAGAGAUAAUCUAGAUGGAGAGUCAGAAAUUGAGAUGCCUAUGGAUAUGAUAGUUCCAGAUACUGAAUAG